CAACAACAACAAGAAGAAAGAAGGAGCAUUUGAAAUGGGUUCAGAGACUUUUCUAGAGGUGCUAUUGGCAAUACUCCUACCACCUGUUGGUGUCUUCCUGCGUUAUGGCUGUGGGGUGGAGUUCUGGAUAGAUUUGCUGCUGACAAUAUUGGGGUAUAUACCUGGGAUCAUAUAUGCAAUUUAUGUACUGGUGGUUUAGUAUUAAGAAUCCUGAUAACAAUUUUUGUAAUUUGGAGUCAAAUUAAGGAUUUGUUUGUUCUUUGUUUAUGCCAAUCUAACCAGUUUUCUUCCUCU